GGCUUACAGCGCCCCCUGGAACCCAGUUGUUUCGGCAACUCGCUUCGCUCGUUGAUUGUCACUAAAAUCUUAAAAUCUACCACUUUGCCUAAGCCCCCCCACUUUGAAAAUUGUGGCGGCGCCCCUGUUAAGAUCUUAUUUAAACUGUCUAUUGGCGCAGUUAAAAGUUCUCUCCAUAUUUGUCGUGGAGUAGGAUGUAAAUAUUUCGCUUGCGAACAUAGGGACCUGUUUUCGCUCCGUAACCCUUUAUAUAUUGAUCUUGAUCGGUCUCGCUGGUGAAAAAGUGUCUGUCCUGUGCAGAUCCAAAAAAAAAAAUCGGUUAGAGAGGGGUCAGCAAAUCAGCGCAUCAAUCCACCUUUCAGCAUUCCUUUAAAUUUGUCUCACCUAUCUUAACCUGCUGACUCCCAGCAAGACCUGGAUAACAAUAAGGAUGGAAGAAAUUCUGGAGGAGGAAGCAGUUUUGUGAGCAGCCGUAGAAGCUCAAAUAGUUCCUUUGAGUUUGUGAAUAGCAACAACGAACAACCUUUAUUGUCAGAAAGAGAGGCAAUUAAGAUCAAGGCCUGGUGCGCCAUAAAUGGCAAUAUUGAAAUGAAGUCAAUGACAGUUGAUCCAAAUAUCACAUCCUUUGCUAGCAUUUAUCUGUUGUUAAAGAAAGCUUUCAGUCUGUCAAAUGAUUUUGACAUUUCAUAUCUUCUACCGAAAUCUGUAGAAAACACAACACGUCCUGACAUUUUUCUUUCAUUGUCAUCUGACUGGGACUUAGAUGCGGCUUUUCAUACAGCUUCUUAUCCUUGGUUAGAGAUAAGAGUAAUACCUGUUGUGAAAGGUGAUGUUGCUGAUUGGCAUGUUUUAGAACCCAUAGAUGCUCCUCCCGUGAAAGAUAUAAAAUCGAAUUAUCUACAAUUACCUCUAACUGUGUCACUUAAGCAUGAAGUUAGCAAAAAGUUUAAUAAAGUUCUGGAUGUUUUUGUCGAUCCUAACAAGAGAACCCCAUUGUCAGAGAAAGAAUGGACUAAUUUUUUUGAUGGUAAUGGUCGUAUUAUGUCUCCAAAAGACUUUCGUAUUCGUGUUUUCCAUGGAGGAUUGGAGCCAGGAUUAAGACGUGAAGCAUGGGUGCACUUGCUAGGUGUUUACCCAUCAGAUUUGUCAGUUGAGGAGCGUACACGAUUUCUUUUUAUGAAAAAACAAGUAUACAAGCAUUUGAAAGAAAAUUGGCAAGCUAGAAAUCCACAAGAAAUAGAGCCUGUCACGCAUAUGGUGCACAAGGAUGUUUUACGGACAGACAGAACACAUCAUUUCUUUAAUGUACCUGAGGACCAUCCCAAUAUUUUAUCGUUAUAUAAUAUUCUCACAACUUUUGCAUUAAAUAAUCCUGAAAUAUCCUACUGUCAAGGGAUGAGUGACCUUGCUGCACCACUAUUAGUUGUAACUGAAGAUGAAACUAUGGCGUAUUUAUGUUUUUGUAAGGUAAUGCAAAGACUUAGGUGUAACUUUUUAUUGAAAGGGACUGCACUUCUGCAAAAGUUUGGUCAGUUGUCAUUGCUUCUGCAGAGAACAGAUGAAAAAUUUUAUAAAUAUUUGCAAGAUAUUGAUGGUGGCAAUUUGUAUUUUUGUUACCGCAUGCUUUUGUUGGAACUAAAGAGGGAAUUUCCAUUUGUAGAAGCACUUCGUGUAAUGGAAAUCAUCUGGAGUUCUAUUCCUCCUGAUUCUGACGAGGAAUCACAAUUAAGUUUUUACUAUGGAUUACUUCAAUCUGAUAAAACUGCAAGUAACGGUCGGGUAUCACCAGCAGUGGAAGGACUGUUUAGGCCGAAUUACUCCUGUGAUAAUUCUAUUGAAGAAGACUUUGUCAAAUUAGAACCACUUCCACAUCCUAGAUAUUUAAAUGAUGGAUCCCCGUUCCCUCUGUUUUUAUGUUUAGCAAUACUUUUAAUCAACAGAGAUCAUGUUUUAAAUAAUCAAAUGGAUUAUGCUAUGUUAGCAAUGUUUUUUGAUAAACUGUCACGAAAGCACGAGUCAGGAAAAAUUUUAUCUAAAGCAAGAAAUUUAUAUUUUGAAUAUAUCAAAGCUUAUUUAGAUGGUCAAACAGUAAAUCCUAAUGAAAAGGAGAGAAAGACCAUGGAAAGUGCUCAUGGGAUAAGUUCAAUCGCUGCUCAGUGUUAGACUUUUAUACAUCACCUGUUGUUCCGAAACAUGAUGUACAUCCAUUUCUGUCAAAGUUUUCUGUGUGUCUUAUGUUCUAUAAAUAAAAAAUGGUGCUUGGAGGAAUGCAGAUAAAAAAAAGUUUGUUUUUGAUGUUUGUAUGUGUUCAUGUUUUAUGUAGAUUUAUCAUAAUAGCCAAUGAAAUUUAUUUUGCUAUAAAAGGCAUAUGGUAGAGCUUAAAAUCAAUAGGAAUUGCUUUCGGUAACAGAGAUGAGGCCAUUGAAUAUUGUACAUUUGUUGUCAGUUAUGAAAUAUUGUUUUUUUUUGUCAAAGCACACUGCAGAUACUGAUAUAGGGUACCUCCUUUUACCAAAUGUUACACACAAUAAUAAUUGUUUUACCUUCACAAAAGUUAGAGCUUAAAGAAUUGAUUAAAAAAAUAUAAUAUAAUGCUUGUGUAUAAUAAUACAUGUGUAGAUAUUGCUUGUUUUAAUACUGAAUGUUCACUCUGCCAGUCAGUUAUGAUAAUUAACAAAAUUGUUAAAAAAACCAUGAGAAAUUUGGGUGGCCUGUCCUGGCCAGAAUUUCUUUUUGAAUUUCAUAGGGCACUGAAAGAUAUUCUGGGGUCAUUUGGUUUAAAAUUAAAAAAAAAAUUCUGCUAGUAUCCAUCUAGCAUUUUCAUAUUAUUUAGUUUUCUCUUGAAGGGUAAAUUGAUUGAGAGAAAGUCUGGAAGACCAGGAGGUUUGGGUAUAGGCAUACCUUGGCUACCCUUAAUUUUUUUUUGAAUUGUACAAAAUUAUGAAUUAAACAUAUUAACAAUUAUUUAUAUAACCUUUUUUUGAAAUGAUUAUAGGAGAAUUUUUAAUGUAUAAGAAAGUAGUUUUUAUGUUAUGUUUUUGUAUCAAAAAACUAAUAAAUCAUUGGAUUUUGCAAAGUUAAUUUAAAGAAAUGCCUCAAAUUUUGUUUCUGCACCUAAAUUUAUGAAAACUUACAAAAUUAUUUUUCCUGAUUUAAUGAUUUUCAUAAUUCUCAGAGAAUAUGGUAUCCAAUGCUCUUUAUGGACAGAAUUCUAAACUUAGAUGUCAGUGUGAAACAGAGAGGUUGGAAUUUAUGAAUUAUUUGGAUGCAAUUUUAGUGGCAACUAAAUGAUUUUUACUAAUAACGAAAGUAUAUUGUGAUAUUUUCUUGUGUAAAUUUUAAUUAUUGUAUUAUGUAUAUUUUAAAAAACAAGCAGUAAUUGAUUUUAUCUUCAAAA